AUGAUCGAUGACUGUCGUGCCAACCCCGAACGUUUGGAUUUCAAGCUCAGCGAGCUUUGCGAUGCUCUUGAACAAUUUUCAAGCAUCUUUCCUGAGCUCAUUCUGGCCAAGGCGGCGGAGCCUGCUUCAUUCCUACACAAGGUCGAACGAAGGGCCAUAUUCUUCUCAGGAUUGACCGACUAUGGGGUCCUUACACUUAAAUGGAAUAGCGUCAUGGAACAGCCUCUAGAAAAGGUGGAUGAUAUGAUAGCAGCUAAAUCUCUACAGAAUUCAACCACGUUGGUGGAUAUUCUCAAGGCUGAACGACGUCUUCAAAACAACGUUUCGAGGUCCAUCAUCAUCGAGGCGGUUGUGGAGGCUGUGGCAGCGUACGUAUCUGUAUCUCAGCUUCCGUGA